ACCAUGCUCGUCCACCAAUCAGCUAUUUGUUGAUACAGGUCCGUGUUUAACACAUCGAUUUUGUAAUUUAGUGCCUUCAGUUGAAGAUGUGUGUAAUAUUUAACCAUUCAUUAAAACAAUAGUCAAUUUAAGUCACGUAUUGGAUAACAAUGUGAUGUGUUCAGACAAUUAUAAACACAACUUAUUUCGUCAUGAAAAAGUGAGGUUAUAAUUUUGUAUUUUUAAAGAAAUAAAAUUAAUUGAAUGAUGCCUGCGUAUUCUGAAACGCCUCCAGAGCACUUGCAAUCGAAAACUAUCAUCGUUAUACAUCCAGGAUCAUUGAACCUGAGAAUUGGGCGAGCUUCUGACUUAAAUCCGCUAACAAUUUUGCAUGCGAUAGCUAGAAGGUGUUUGAAUAAGAAAUAUCAGUAUAGAGAUGCGUUUUUACCCGCUCGAGUGGAUUUGAGUCAACCACAGGAAUUUGAAGACGCCAGACUCUCGGUUUCUCAUACUUUGCAGUCAUGCUUGCAGUCAGACGGCCGAAGACGGUAUGCAACGCCCCCUCAACAAAUCGCGGCUUUUAAUAGAAGAGCGACGCCAGAAGUAAUAGGACCCAGUGGGGGCGACUGGUUGAAAUGUGAAGGAGAUGUAGUUAUAGGAAAUGACAUUUUGAAACUGGACCCUAAAGAGAAUUUUAAUAUUCACUUUCCGUUUAAAAGGGGCGAUUUUAAUAUUCAUCCAGGACCUGGGGGCUCCAUGACUGCAGUAUUAGUAGAUUUAGAAACGAUCUGGACACAUGUUUUAGAAACUCAUUUUCAAAUUGAUAGAAAAGAUUUCAAGCAUCAUAAAGCCGUACUUAUAAUACCGGAUGUUUACAAUAGGACGUAUUUGAGGGAACUCAUGUAUAUGUUGUUGUGUAGAAUGGGGUUUGGUAGCUGUUUUCUUGUUCAAGACCAUGUGGCCGCUACUUUUGGUUCUGGAUUAAGUUACGCAUGCGUGGUGGAUGUGGGUGACCAGAAAACCUCAGUAUCGUGUGUUGAAGAUGGUAUUUGUCAUCCAAAUACAAGGGUUAGGUUAGAAUACGGAGGUGGCGACAUUACCCAGAUAUUUUAUUGGCUGUUGCAAAAGUGCGCUUUCCCUUAUAAAGAAUGUAGCGAUCAAAAUAAAUUAGACACGAUGUUGUUGCGAAAGCUGAAGGAAGACUUUUGUCAUGUUAAUCUGGAUAUUUGCGGUUCGCAAGAAAAAACACUCAUUUUGAAACAUCCGGGUAAACCUAUAUUAAAAUACACAAUCCAAGUCGGCGAUGAGUGUAUAGUGGCGCCGCUUAGUAUGUUCAGUCCUGAACUAUUUGGUAUCACGGGACCCAAAACAAUCCGAACCCAGAAAGGUUCAACUGGAGACCCCGAGGAUUCCCACGACGAGAAUUACUUAAGAGAGAUUAGACGAAAAGGGAUGAAGGACAAUAUGGAACAAGCUUCAGCGGAUUUGUUGAGCGAGCCAUACUUGGAACAAUCGCAGAAUCCUACAAAUGAAGACGACGUUGUGGUUGAUGCUAUAGAUACCGUCGCGCCAAGUUGCGACAAAGAAUUCGUUAUCGCACCUGGACAGAUUCUCGGGUUGGACCAGGCGGUUCUCCAGAGCAUCGAUAGAUGUCCUAACGAGGACUUGAAGCGGAAGAUGUACGGGUGUAUUCUAAUCGUGGGGGGAGGGAUGAAAUUCUCGGGGAUAGGUACUUGGCUUCAGAAUAGGAUUUCUUUGCAAAUACCGUAUUUAUAUAGAGCAGAACAGUUGGAUAUUAUAACGAAUCCGAGAGAUAUGGAUCCGGCUAUGGUGGCUUGGAAGGGUGCCUGCAUAAUGUCGUGUUUAGAGACGGCACACGAGUUGUGGAUUUUAGCCUCCGAGUGGGAAAAAUACGGAGUGCGAAUAUUAAGAGAGAGGGCACCUUUCACAUGGUGACAUUUUUAUAUGUAAACAAUGACAAAAUAAAGAGUUUUGAUACGUUUUUUUCACUAAAAUAAAAGUUUCGUGAUGUA